CUUUAUAACCCCUCUCUGCCUUAACUUGAAAACAUCCUUCCUUUCAACUUUGAUAUCUCUCACACAAAUGUCUCAAAUAAUAAUAAAAUCUCCAAAACACUGUGCAACAAAACAAGUACUAAGAAUAGAAAGAAACUACAAAAAAAUCUUCUUUGCUUUCUCAGCAUUAUUCACAACAAUUCUAUUGUUCAUACUUGUCAUCUACUUCAUCCUCCGACCCACCAAGCCUCAAUUCUCACUCAAAGAAGUUGACAUCUAUCAACUUAACUUCUCAGGACCAAUCCUCAACUCUUCAAUUCAACUAACUCUUCUCUCCAAGAAUCCAAACCAAAAAGUUAGCAUUUACUACGAUGAGCUUCUAGUUUAUGCAACUUACAAAACUCAACAAAUAACAAGUCACUCAUUUUUGCCACCCUUUUACCAAGGACAACAAGAGACUAAUCUUUUAUCAGCUUCUUUGGUUGGUAAUGGUUUACCUGUUGCUCCUUUAAUUGUUUAUGAAAUGGGUCAUGAUCAAAUUGAUGGAAGAUUGGUUUUGAAUCUUAAAGGUAAUGGAAAGCUUCGUUGGAAAAUUGGAACUUGGGUUUCUGGUCGUUACAGGUUUAAUGUUAAUUGUGUUUCUAUUGUGGCUUUUGGAAUUGGAAUUGGACCUUCAAAGAUGACUGCUCAGUGUUCUACCACAAUUUAAAUCUUCAUAUUUAUAUCAUAUCAUAUUAUAGUUGUUCAUGUUGAUAUUGGUUGGCUUUUGUAUUGAAACUUAUUUUGCAGCCACUAUGUGAUUUGUAAAUGGAUAUGAUAUUAUAUAGAUCAAAAGUUACUUACAUACAACUUGUGACUGAAAAUUAAAAAUAAUGUGUAUUAGAUUAUUUGAUUAA